AGAAUUCGCUAGGAUCGUUUUCCGCCACAGCCAAUAUGCGAUUGUUUUGUUUGUUCAUCAUCUUUGCGAUCUGGGAAAUCGUUGAAUGGUAGAUAUUCGGGUACUGUCACGAGUAACAGUACAUAAAACUUUUCUUAGACAGAUUGCUGAAAAAAUUAAGUUCAUCAUGUCUGGAAAUAAGAAUAAGCUAAUUUUUCCUUCUCUGCCUAAGAGUCACAAGACUGUUGUAUACUUCGAGAAAAGUUAUUGUCUCUGAUAUAGAUAAUGGGCUGUUUUGGUACAAAGGAAUAAAACUGAAUAUUAGACAACUACUUUCUGAUGAAUAUAUUCGUCAACAUGGUGAAAUACUGAUAGAUGUCAAUAUAGAUAGCAUUCCUUUAAGCAAAAGUUCCGAGAUGCAUUUCUGGCCCAUUCUUGGCAAAUUUUGGGAUUGCAAAUAUCCCUUUUUGAUUGCUGUUUAUCUGGGCUCUGGAAGACCUAGUGAUGUUAAUAUUUAUCUGGAAAAAUUUGCUGUUGAAGUAAUUCAUCUGUCGUGAAAGGUACUUUAUCUGAAGUUUUGGACAAGACUUCUCCUGUAGUUGAAUCCACAAAAGCUGCAACUUCCCAAUCCCGUUCAAACUCGUACAACAAUCCAUCAUGUUUUAAUACUCCACCUCUAGAAAAUAAAUUACCAAUAAGUGGAACGUCUCCCUUAUCUUUCGAAAAAACUAUAUCUCUUAAUGAAACCUCUACAAAAAGAGAUACUUCAACAUCUUGUAAAUCUCUUGUGACUCUCCAGUCAAAUCAGAAGUCUUCUUUGCCAUCGUUGAUGAAAAAUGUGCAUAUGCAAUUAGAUUCUCGUGUUGCUAUUCUUCAGAUUUUGGUAGAUAGGCAAGAGGAAUUGAAUGGGAAAGUAGAGCAUGUCAUUCUGAUGCUUCAUAAGAUUCAUCGCAAGUUGGCUCCAGAAGAAGAAAAAAUUAUUAAACCGAAAGAACUCCCUACACUCCCCUUAACUGAUGAAGAUUCCUUCUCAGAUUUUCAAAAGUUUCUUACACAUGAUACUAACUUUUAUCCUGUAGAUUAUUUUGCUAAACUAAUUAAAGUUGAUGAACACACUGACGAAUAUACAGCUGUCGGCCGUAUUCUACCAAAAGUAAUUACAAAUUCUUUGGCUCGUAUGAUAAAUUAUGCAGGAUCAGGUUCAGUAAAGUUGAAAUUCGAAAAUACGAAGCUUCAUGAAGCAAUUAUUUCAUUCCCUGAUAGCAAUUUGGUACAAGCGGAGAAGAUGUCACGUUGGUUCUACACAAGUAAUCAGCGGAAAAUCUAGUCGUGCAAACUCCUCAGCUCAUUCGUUUCAUUUAUCGUUUGUUGUAAUGUUUAUGAGACCAAUUUUUUUAUGUAGAACUAUUAACUUCAGUAGAGGGAGAGAGACACCAUAGUGUAGUAGUAUAGGGCUUAAAUAGGCUAUUAAUGUUUUGUGCAAUGAAGUUUAUUUUGUCUUAUAAUAAUUUUAUAAUUAUUUUAAUCGCGGCGCGCAAAUUCCUCAAAACAAUUAACUAUCGUUUAUUUUAAUGUUUUAAGUUUGUUAUGUAGUAGUAUAGGACUUCUUAAAUCGGCUGUCAUAUUUAGUGCAAUGACCUUUAUUUUCUCUUAUAACAAUAAUUUUAUAAUUAUUUUAACGCGCACAUUCCUCAGAACAGUUAACUAUCAUUUCUUUAAUGUUUAUAAGACUAAGUUUUUUUACGUAGUAGAUUUAAAUAGGCGGUUAGAUUUUAUAACUUUAUGUUUUUUUUACAGUUAUAUAAUUGUUUAUGCAAAUAAAAGCUACUACCGUUC